AUGACAGCUCUGCUGAACGUAACAGAAAUUUUUGGGAAGUCGGCGGUUCUGCUGGCGACCACAGACUCUCCCCUUAACCUGACUCCAGGAUCUCGGGCCGAACUAGUACCAGAGCAGCCCCUGGCUCCUCUCUGUACCAUCUACUGCUGUGGAGUUCUCAAUCGUGCCUUUGCAGUUGCUCUCAUGGUCAUCCUGGCUUUUGCAAUCGUGGUUGGCAAUGUGAUCACGCUGACUGUUUUUGUGCAGACAAGGCAGUCCAGAACACCGCAAGGCUACCUGAAAGUGUCUCUGGCCAUAGCUGACAUGAUGGUUGGCGUACUUGUGGUCCCUUUCUCUGUUUACACGGAAGUCUCACUGAUGAUAACCUACACGCCUCCCAUUUGGUAUCAAGGGGGUUCUGCAUCUCUGGUGUCUUCUCUAAGUGGACAGAGGAGCCUGUGGCAGCCUUGCAUGCUGAUUGGACCCGUGUUCGCUGGAUGCACCUUUGUCUCCAUCAGCACCAUCUUCCUCAUGACGGUGGAGCGAAGUGUGGCCAUCCUUUGGCCGCUCCACAAGGACGCCUUGGUGACGCGGAGGAGAACGCUUUCCCUCAUCCUGCUCUCGUGGGCUGCCAGCUUUCUCCUGGCGCUUGCACCCCUCCUAUUCAGCAGCAACUUCACUUUAGAGUACAAUGAGUGUAGCCGAAUGUGUAACUAUGUCCCAGUGUUGCUAGGCAACCGGCUACCACAUGACGCCAACAUCCUGCUGUUAUUCCCAGUAUUUGACUUUACCCUUCUUGGUGGAACGUUGGCAGUUAACAUUGUGUCUUUCACGAGCAUCAGGCAGUACUCCAGGAGACGCAAACUGCUCUCAGAGGGGAGUGCGAUUGACAGGAGAGGAGGAGGAAGAGGCGAGGGAGGGCCGUGCCCUCACAGACCCUCAUUUUCAGACAUUAAGGCCGCUAAGACAAUAAGCGUACUAACAUUUGCUUUCACCGCAUCCUUCACUCCCAUUGCAGUGUUUGUGCUGGGGAAUGUGGUGGGCUACACCUGGUGCAACUUCUCCUUUGUUGCCUUCUGGAUUCUAACAGCAAACAGCUGCUGCAAUGUGAUCAUCUACAGUGUCAGGGACCACCGUUUUCGGAAGGGGGUGACCCUACUCUUUCAGCGGGACCACUGCCCCCCACAGGAAGAGAAAACGUGA